ACUUUUCUUGGGCUGAUAUCAUUACACCUUAAUCUCAGAAGAACCUUACUCCUACAACCAUCAAAUCUUGGACUACUGUAUAUCUGGCCUCAGAAAUGGCUUUCUUCACGCACUUCUCCGGCGACUUCGCGCCCUUGUUCCACCUACUCGACGACUAUGAUGUCCAUCGCUCCUGCCGCCCGAAGCAAAGGUCCACGCCUGUUCGCUCCUUUACACCCCGGUUUGAUGUCUACGAAUCAAAUGAUAGUUACUAUCUAAAUGGAGAACUGCCGGGGGCAAAUCAAAACGAUAUCGAUAUCGAGUUCACAGAUCCCCAUACACUGGCCAUCAAGGGCCGUGUAAAGCGUACCUACAGCGAUGAUACAUCCAACACUAGCGAAGUUUCUGAGGAAGCAUCUUCUGCCAAUGCUCUUCAACCGACAGUCGAAGAUGAAGAUGAAUCAAGCAACGCACCACGUGCUAACUCACCGAUCGAGUCUUCAACAACGCAGAUGACCACACAAGAGCAGACCAAACCACGCUACAAGUAUUGGGUCACCGAGCGCUCAGUUGGUGAAUUCCACCGGGUCUUCACUUUCCCGACGAGAGUGGACCAGGAUAUAGUUAAGGCUUCUUUGAGGGAUGGGAUCCUCUCGGUCAUUGUCCCUAAGGAAGCCGCCCCGACGUUGAAGAAGAUUCGCGUCGAGUAAGACAACCGUUGGGCGUUCUUGCAGCACUCGUUAUGGAACGUCGUCUAUAAUAUUCCGAGAUGCUCGGCUAUGUUGAUAACUUCAUCCUAAG